UGAAAAACCCUAAAUCCUAAUCCCUCUUCUCUCAGUAUAUAAUCAGAUAGAGUAGUGGCGAUCGACGGACGCGAAUUUUGCCUCCCAAUUGUCUCCUUUCAGCUCUGAGGUCAUUAUUGAUUGGUUAAUUCGCAUUUAGCCAUGUCUACCAGUGAACUCGCGUGCGCGUACGCCGCCCUGGCUCUUCACGAUGAUGGAAUCGCAAUCACUGCGGAAAAGAUUGCAGCCGUUGUAGCAGCUGCGGGGCUCUGUGUGGAAUCUUACUGGCCUAGCUUGUUUGCUAAAUUGGCCGAGAAGAGGAACAUUGGGGACCUUCUUCUUAAUGUUGGCUGUGGAGGUGGCGCUGCGGCUUCUGUGGCUGUAGCUGCUCCUACCGCCAGUGCUGCUGCCGCUCCUGCCAUCGAGGAAAAGAGGGAGGAGCCAAAGGAGGAGAGCGAUGAUGACAUGGGAUUCAGCUUAUUCGAUUAAGAGGCUUUCUUUAUUUUGUAGGAUUUUAACAGGAAACUAUUUGGGUGGCUAGCUUAAUUUUGAUUUUUCGCUACUAAUUUAUCUCAAGAUUUGUCUCUUUAAUUGGGAGUUUUGAGUUUUGAUUUGCCUUCAAUGUACCGGUAACUGCAUAUUUUCAUUCUUUUUUCUUAAUUACUCCACAUUGCAAUGAGAUCAAAAUUUAUGAGAGGAGUUAUUUGGUUAAACCCGGGAACCACGUUUCUCGGUUGCAA